AAACCCUAGAGAAAACGUCUCUACGCGGAAAAAGCAAAAAAAAAAAAUGGGGAAGAAGCGGAAGCACAGCGAGACGUUAGCUCCGGCGCCGGUGAAAAAGAACGACGAGUCUGCUCCGGAGAGACCCAAAAGGACUCUAUUAGGAUGGAAAGAUAAGAGUGAAGGUGAAGCUGAUAAAUCUAAAGCUUUGUCUUCAUCUGGAUUCAGGAAUAAAGAGAAGGUUUUGGUUACUUGUUCUCGUCGAAUUAGUUUCAGGUAUCGGAGUUUGAUGUUGAACAUGGUUUCUCUUCUACCACACUGUAAGAAGGAUAGUAAAGUUGAAGCUAAGAGUAGCAAAGGCGCGACUUUGAAUGAGCUCAUUGAGCUUAAGGGUUCUAAUUCCUGUUUGUUCUUCGAGUGUAGGAAACAUAAGGACCUUUACAUGUGGAUGGUCAAAUCCCCUAAUGGACCAUCUGUGAAGUUUUUGGUUAAAGCUGUGCACGCGAUGGAAGAGCUGAAACUCACUGGAAAUCAUCUAAAAGGGUCGCGUCCACUUUUGACAUUUUCAUCCAAUUUUGAUAAAGAUGCGCACUGGAAACUCUUGAAGGAGAUGCUUACUCAGGUCUUUGGAAUUCCUAAGGAACACAGGAAAUCGAAGCCUUACCAUGACCAUGUAUUUGUCUUUUCCAUUGUUGAUGAGCAUAUAUGGUUCCGGAAUUACCAGAUUUCGGUUCCUCACAAUGAAUCAGAUAAAAUCGCAAAAGGCGGCCUGGAUAAAAUGACCCUUAUCGAGGUUGGUCCAAGGUUUUGUCUGAAUCCAAUCAAGAUAUUCGCAGGCAGCUUUGGAGGUCCAACUCUUUAUGAGAACCCGUUAUACGUAUCUCCAAACCAGAUUCGAGCACUGGAGAAGAGAAAUAAAGCUGGGAAAUUUGCUAAGAAGAUCAAGGCGAAGACGAGGAAAAAGAUGCAUGAGCUCUCAAACCCGUUGGAGCCUGAUGAGUUUGCAGAUAUGUGGAAAGAUGAUGAAUGAUCAGAAUUCAGGAAAAUUGUAUCAGUUCACUUUUUUUGUUUUGUCUUACUCAAGGUUUCCCUUUUUUUCGCUCAGGAUCAAACAGAAUCAAGUUUUGUCUUGCAA